UGCUAUUCACUCAAACUCUCGCUUUCAGUGCUCCAGUUCCCUUCAGCUGCUCCAGCUCCAACCAAAAAAACUAACAAAAACUAUAUAAAGAUGUACAAGUUCCUGCCACUGUUCGUCCUGGGAUGCGUCGCCUGCGCUUUGGCCGCACCUGCUACCGAUAGGGGAGAGGAGAAACCCAUCGUGACGAUUGUCCGAUCGGAAAUCACCAAGGAUGUCGAUGGUGGUUACCACUCCAUCUUUGAGAACUCCGAUGGCACAUUCCGCGAGGAGACCGCCAAGAACGUCAUCGAUGAAGAUGGUUACGGUUACCUCGAGCUGACUGGCGCCUACAGCUACUACAACGAGAACGACGAAAAGGUUGUUGUCAACUACACCGCUGGCCGUAAUGGAUAUGUUCCCGUGGGAACAAUUGUUAACCCAGAAAUCUCCCAGGUGGCUUCCGAUGCUCAGUACUUGCCCAAGCCAGAGCGUGAGGCUCCUAUUGAGGAAUAAGCUAGAAGCAAAAUGUAGAUAAUUGUGUAACUCUGAAAUGCCAGUGAGAUUAAAAUGUAAAUGUAAAAUAAAAAUAAACUACUAGCUCAUA